CAGCCAUGCAGCAGGUCCUGGAUAACCUUACUGAUCUGCCGACAUCAACAGGCGCUGAAGAAAUAGACCUGAUUUUUCUUAAAGGAAUUAUGGAAAACCCUAUUGUAAGAUCACUUGCUAAGGCUCAUGAGCGACUAGAAGAUUCUAAACUUGAGGCUGUCAGUGACAACAACCUGGAGCUGGUGAAUGAAAUUCUUGAAGACAUCAGUCCCUUAAUAAACAAAGAUGAAAAUAUAGCAGAAUUGGUUGGAAUACUCAAGGAGCCUCAUUUUCAGUCACUCUUGGAAGCACAUGAUAUUGUGGCUUCAAAAUGUUACGAUUCCCCUCCUUCUAGCCCAGAAGUCAAUAAUUCUUCAGUGAACAAUCAGAUUGUUCCAGUAGAUGCUAUUCGUAUUCUUGGCAUUCACAAAAGAGCAGGAGAGCCACUGGGUGUUACAUUUAGAGUUGAGAACAAUGAUCUGGUAAUAGCACGAAUUCUUCAUGGCGGAAUGAUAGAUCGACAAGGUCUUCUGCAUGUAGGUGACAUUAUUAAAGAGGUGAAUGGCCAUGAGGUUGGAAACAAUCCAAAAGAAUUGCAGGAACUGCUGAAAAAUAUUAGUGGCAGUGUUACUCUGAAGAUUCUCCCCAGCUACAGAGAUGCUGUUAUUCCUCAACAGGUUUUUGUGAAGUGUCAUUUUGAUUAUAAUCCAUAUAACGACAACCUCAUCCCAUGCAAAGAAGCAGGUUUGAAAUUUUCUAAAGGAGAAAUUCUUCAGAUUGUAAACCGGGAAGAUCCAAAUUGGUGGCAGGCUAGUCAUGUCAAAGAAGGAGGAAGUGCAGGGCUUAUUCCUAGCCAGUUCCUGGAAGAGAAGAGAAAGGCCUUUGUUAGGAGGGACUGGGACAACUCAGGGCCUUUCUGCGGAACAAUAAGCAGCAAAAAAAAGAAAAAGAUGAUGUAUCUCACUACAAGAAAUGCAGAAUUUGAUCGUCAUGAAAUCCAGAUAUAUGAGGAAGUAGCCAAAAUGCCUCCUUUUCAGAGGAAAACACUGGUCUUAAUUGGGGCCCAAGGAGUGGGGCGAAGAAGUUUGAAGAACAGGUUUAUAGUACUGAAUCCUACUAGGUUUGGAACUACAGUGCCAUUUACUUCACGAAAGCCAAGGGAUGAUGAAAAGGAUGGGCAAGCGUACAGAUUUGUGUCACGAGGUGAAAUGGAGAUGGAUAUUAAAGCUGGCAGAUAUUUAGAGCAUGGAGAAUAUGAAGGAAAUCUUUAUGGCACCAAAAUUGAUUCCAUCCUUGAAGUUGUUCAGACAGGAAGGACCUGCAUCUUGGAUGUGAAUCCACAGGCCCUGAAAAUACUGAGGACUUCAGAAUUCAUGCCCUAUGUAGUGUUUAUUGCUGCUCCAGAGUUGGAGACUUUGCGUGCUAUGCACAAGGCUGUGGUAGAUGCUGGAAUUACAACCAAACUUCUCACUGACACUGAUUUGAAAAAAACAGUGGAUGAAAGUGCACGGAUCCAGAGAGCGUACAACCACUAUUUUGAUCUGACCAUUGUAAAUGACAACCUGGACAAAGCCUUUGAGAAGCUACAGACUGCUAUCGAGAGACUGAGGCUGGAACCACAGUGGGUCCCAAUUAGCUGGGUAUAUUAGAUUUCUCAAGAGGAGCUUAAGUAACAAAUAAAAUCAACUGCAGCAAAUAUGCUAAUGUGACGUUGUGUAGAUACCGACGAUAACCUACGGCACCUGUGCAUUUUUACUCUGUGUAUAUUCAAAAGUACACUAUUCUGAAUUUUUAUAAAAAUGUUGAAGGGAAAGUGUACUUAAAUAUGUAAUUUAUUUUAAUUUUUCUAACUUUUUACAGAUAACCUUUCUAUUCAUAUCACAUGAAGGAAAUGCGUUUAAGCAUUUUUAUAUGUUUUGAUUUAGUACCUUUGCCUUUUUCAUCUAAGAAACUUUCAAUCGUUCACUUCAACAUUUACGUCUUGGUCUUACAUUUUCACUGUGAUUAAAAAAGAGAUACUUGAAACAAUUUUUGUAAAACUUGUUAACGUUAGUGUUCAACCCAUCAAAAGUCUAUAGCUCUUAUUAGGAAAGAACACUUACUUCCUUGGGGUUUCCUUUUUUCUUCCUUAAAAAAAUAAUAAUUUCAUGGGAGCAGAAUUUUAAAUAUUAAAAGCAGCAACCAACACACAGCUCCAUUUUCAGCUUAAUGUUGGCGCAUUCUUGACGUUUCACAAAUUUUUGAUGUCCCUUGAUUUAGACAACUGUUGUGUAGGUUUCCUUAUACGU